AUGUCAACGGCUCGUUUGUUCCUGCACCUUCAACGUCUGGGUUGCCCUUUGCGGACCAACUUCUGCUUUCGGUAUGCAUUUCGAGAAUCUGGGGUAAAGUGCAUUGGCGUGGGCGUGGUGUUGUCGCGCAAGAAAAUCAUCGUACGAUUCUGA